UAUAACCCCUGCAAAGCCUUCCAAAACAUUCUGCACAAUGCACAUCGUAUAGUUAUACAACAGAAAGCCAGAAAAUCUCUCUCUCUCUCUCUCUACUGCAAUGCGAGAGCUGAGACCAAAGUUUAGAAUGUAAAAAUCUUCCAUAAUACUCGUGAGUUUCACAUGUGUAAUCAAACAGAUACCUUUUUCCAUCUUUCCGCCUCUCUUUUCUCUCUCUGUGGGAAGGUCAACAUGCAAAUGAACCGGAAGCCGUGUUGGUAGUCUUUGAUCAAACUUACGUACCAAUGGUUUCAUUUAUUUGAACACUCUGAUUGAUACCCAAACCCAAUAGGCCGAGGGAAAGAACCUGUUAGUCUGUGAGUGAUUGUUGGAACGAAGCGGAAGUAAUGAGGAAAGAGGAGCAAGCACGGUCGUUGUUCGGGAUUUCGCUCUCAGACCGACCCAAAUGGAAACAGUUCCUCAUUUGCUCUGCUGGGUUCUUCUUUGGCUAUCUUGUCAAUGGUAUCUGCGAGGAGUACGUGUACAACAGGCUCCAAUUCAGCUAUGGUUGGUAUUUCACAUUUGUUCAAGGCUUUGUCUACCUGUUUCUGCUUUAUCUCCAAGGCUUCACCCCCAAGCAAAUGGUGAACCCAUGGAAGACUUAUGUGAAACUCUCUGCUGUACUUAUGGGUUCCCAUGGACUUACCAAAGGGUCCUUGGCUUUCCUGAACUACCCUGCACAGCUUAUGUUCAAAUCCACAAAGGUUCUCCCAGUCAUGGUAAUGGGUGCAUUCAUACCUGGUCUGAGGCGGAAAUAUCCACUUCACGAAUACGUGUCUGCGAUACUCUUGGUUGUGGGUUUGAUCCUUUUCACCUUAGCUGAUGCACACACUUCUCCAAACUUCAGUGUAAUUGGUGUUAUAAUGGUAUCUGGUGCUCUAAUCAUGGAUUCCUUUUUGGGUAAUCUGCAAGAAGCAAUCUUCACCAUGAAUCCCGAAACCAGCCAGACAGAGAUGCUGUUUUGCUCAACCGUAGUCGGCCUGCCUUUCUUGAUUCCACCAAUGCUUGUAACUGGAGAAUUAUUUAAAGCAUGGAGUUCAUGCUCAAAGCAUCCAUACGUUUAUGGAGUGCUAGUGUUUGAAGCCAUGGCUACAUUUAUCGGCCAAGUUUCUGUCCUCUCCCUCAUUGCCCUCUUUGGUGCUGCAACUACUGCCAUGGUGACAACAGCAAGGAAGGCAGUGACAUUAUUACUUUCAUACAUGAUAUUUACAAAGCCAUUGACUGAGCAACAUGGGACUGGACUUCUGCUGAUAGCCAUGGGAAUCACACUGAAGCUCUUGCCUGAUAACAAACCUAACAAGAGGGUCUCCUCCCCCUCCCCCUCCUCCUCUUCCAGUGCCCAUAUUGAGAAGCCUGCUAGCACUGAUCAGCAGGAGAUAACUGAACUAGAAAACGUAGAACAAGAUGAAGAAAAAAGGCCUCUGGUCUGAUGUUAAGAACUACUACUACUGCAACUUCUAUAAUUUUAUUCUUUAAAA